AUGCAGAUCAGUCAAGGACCUUCCUUGCCUUUGGAACUCUGGAUGUACGUCUUGGGCGAUGUUGCGGAGGAACAAAACCCCGAUGCAAUAGCAAGAUGCGCGAGGGUCUGCCGAUUCUUCCAGCACAUGUACAAGAAGCGUUUAGAGACGUACCAGAAGCGUUUACAGACCAGACUGACGUUCAGAAGCGAAGAAGACGUGGAGCGCUUCGAAACAGACACUGCAGCGAUGGAGAUCGGGGGCUGGAGAGGACCGAUAUUCGUCGCCAUCGAGGGAGAAGAGGAGUCGAAAGCGAUUCCACACGUGGCCACGUUUGCGUCCAGAUUUGCAGGCAGAUGGACUCGGAUCGACGCGCUGGACAUCAACGCGGCGUCGUGGCCGUCGUCGCUGCGGGCCGCCAAUGCCGCCGUCUUCCGGGAUUUAUCCCGCUUUGCCUCGAUCACCGCACUCACCUUGUAUGGCGUCACAUUUCCAUCCAUCGUCACGUUUGGCGCCCUCGCCUCUGCUCUGCCGGGCCUCGAAGAGCUAUUUCUCAAGAAUGUCAAGUUCACCAGACCCUCAUUUCCAUUCGACCCUCAGACACUUUCCAAUUUUCGCCUGCUGCCACCAAUGAGGAACCUGCGGGUUAUCAGCCUGGGCGACGUGUUCGCCAGCUCCUGGUUUAAGCUCGAUCCUUCUGCAUGGCCGUGCUAUACAGAAAUUCUUGCUUUCAUGGCCGCCAUGAGCAACCCCUGUCGCAAGUCCCCUCGCGUCUACCCUUGGGGCUCGGUCCGCGUCUUGCGACUCGACGAGAAUAUCUGGUGGAAAUUCUCCUCCUCCUCCAUUGCCCGGCUCCUGCGUGCACUCCCAUCACUUGAAAAGCUAGUGCUUGGAAAUGGAGAUAGUGAUGAUGCGAACCUUGAGAUUACAGGAGUCCCCGCGCAUUCCAGGCUGGCACUAAUUACAAUUGGCGUGCAUGAUGCCAGUGCCCAGCCUCAGCAUGUGGCCCAUAUUAUCCGUUGCUUGAUCGAUAUGGAAUAUCCCCUCAGAAUCAUGCGAAUCUACGCUGAGGUAUAUCCCUUCUUUAAAGACGCUGAUACGUUGGUGGCAUCCGCCAUCAAUGAAUUGGUUCAGCAUGCGGGACCAUCACUCGACGAUCUUGGUCUUUUUCUCAAAGGCAACAAAGAUGAUGCCGACUGGGCUCCAUUUGAUCGUCAAUGUGAUUUCUUUGAGAACACAAGCCCCACAUCCCUUCGAAUCCAUGGUUGCAAUGCAUCCUGCCUUGACGUGCGCGAGAUUCUGUCUCACGUCACAUUAAGACAUGUCUCUUCCGUCAACAUCCGUUUCAAACAGUUGGGACGGAGUGACCGAGGAGAGUUGAGUGAAGGACUUUCGCAAUUGGACACCAUGCUUUUACCUUCCGUCUUCGACAAUCUCGUACACGUACUGAUAUCAAUAACAUACCUGGAAGCUGAAGAAGACAUGACAGAGUGGGUGUGUUGGAUAAGGUCGUGCUUGACUAGUCUCGACAAACGGGGAAUUGUAGGGUGUGUAUCGGUCGCUCCAUCGGCUAUUGACAAUAUUAACUGUCCACAUUACUGA